AUUCGUAUAAUUUUAUAUAUACGGGGUGUCUUAAGAGAAUGUUGGAUUGAACGACGAAGUAUUAUAAAAUGGUUAGUGAUUAUUUAUUAAAAGUGUAAACGGAGUGAAAAAGUUCAGAUUUUGAAUAUUUUGAAAUAAUAUUAUAGCGAAAUACAUUUCAAUCUUUAAGAAAAAAAUUAAAUUGAAGAGAUAAUUUAACAUUUUUAGAUAUUUAAAAUGAAUAGAAAGUAAAACAAUCAUUGCAUUAUAAUAAACUUUUCGAACGGAUAAGAGAAGAAAAAAUGUCUGAUAAGGAAGAAAUGGAUACAAAUACUACAGAAAAUCCAACUUCUCUAGGAUUUACAUUUUCUAGGCCAAACGUUGUUUUUAGUCCUCCAAAAACUUAUAAUUAUAGUUUUCCAACCAAUUUGAUGUCUUCAAGCAGCAGCAAACAAGAAUUUAGUUUUGCAGCACCUGAAGCAAUAACACAGCUGAGUAGUUUUACUAAGGAACAAACUAAUGACACAGGAAAAAAAUACAAGCCUAAAAUAUCUAGAAAUGCAUUCGAACCAUCGGUUAAUUUGUUUGCCAAUGCUUUGAAAGAUGGUUCAGCAUAUGGGCAAUUAAAAAAAAAUUCUAAAUCACAGAUAGUUAAAUGUAAUUUGGAUAAUUCAAUAACAUGUACAGAUGUUCCAAAGGAAUUACUUAUAAGAUCAACUGCAAGAGAACAUUUUAAUGCUUAUGGUGAAGUAUUAAAAAUUACUAUUAAACCGAAGAAGCAAAUAAUUAUAGUAGUUUUUCAAUCUAAGGAAGAAGCUAACGAUGCCUAUCAGAAAAGUGGAGAAUAUUUAGGUCAAAAGUUUACUGUUGGAUGGACAAAGUCAGAUAAAUCACCGAAGUCUCCGACCAAAAAGAAAGAUUCAAAAAAUAUAGUUACAAAUUUUCUUAAAAUAGAUAAUGAAAUUAAAACAGAAUUGGAAGCUAUGACAAAUUUAGAAUAUAAUUUACAUGAUUAUAAGAGUGAUAAUAUGUUUAGGGUACCUACUGUGAAAAAAAGCAAAGGAUCACAUGCAAAAAAAUCUGAAAAGAUGCUGCUCAAAAUUGAUAAAGAUAAAAUUGAAACUGAUAGUCAAAUAAUGACAUCGUUGCAUGGUGCAUCUAUGGAAGAAUUACAAAGUAUAAUACAUCAAAUUGGUAUUACAUCAGAAGAUAAAUAUAAAAUUUUAGAGGCAAGGGAUCGUUUGAUGAGGCUUAAACAAGUUAAAUCUCACUCAUUGGAAACUGCUGAAAUUACAAGUGGAACUUGUCCAGAUAUGUGUCCUGAAAAAGAACGUUUGAUGCGUGAAUCGCAAAGGCAAAUAGCUCCGUAUGAACUAUUAGAAGGAAAUGAGUAUAGAAUAAAUCAUAUGAUUGCUGUUAAACAAUACUCGAGAUCUUCUGCAGAUCAAGAAGAACCAAUGGCUCAUGAAUUAAGACCAGUAAAAUCCUUAAAAAUGACUAUGAGUUAUUUGCUUCAUGAAAUAGUAAAUCUUUGUGAAGAAGAAGGAACUAAUUUAGGAGAAUGGUAUCAUUUUUUAUGGGAUAGAACAAGAGGAAUAAGAAAAGAUAUAACUCAACAAGAACUUUGUUGUAUCGAUAGUGUAGAAUUAGUUGAACAAUGUGCUAAAUUUCACAUAGUAUGCUCAGAAAGACUUUGCGCGGAAGAAUUAUCAGUAUUUGAUAAAAAAAUCAAUUCAGAAAACUUAACAAAAUGCUUACAGUCUUUAAAGUAUAUGUAUCAUGAUUUAAGAGUAAAAGGUAUCACAUGUCAGAACGAACCAGAAUUUCGAGGAUAUAUUAUUCUCUUAAAUUUGAAUAAUGGUAAUUUCAUGUCAGACUUACAGCAACUUCCAAUCUCAAUACAGAAGUCAUCAGAAGUACAAUUUGCAAUAAAUAUAUAUUCUGCUCUCGAGUCUAAUAAUUAUUACAAAUUUUUUAAACUAGUGCGGCAAACAACUUUUUUAAAUGCCUGUAUUUUGCUUAGAUAUUUUAAUCAAGUUAGAGUUAAAGCUUUAUCUAUAAUGGUCAAAGCAUAUUGCAGAACUACAUCUACAGCUUAUCCAUUAUACGAAUUACUUCAAAAUCUUGGAUUUGAGAAUGAGAAUGAGGCUAUAUAUUUCUGUGAACAAGUAGGAAUCAGUGUAUCAAGUGAUGAAUUAUAUAUAAUGUUAAACAGACAAAAUUAUUGUUUGCCAAUGUCAAAUAUAAAACAAGGUAGAGCUCGUUAUAUGAUAGAAUCAAAAAGAACUUCUCAAGGAUUAUCGAUUAGUGAAUGCAUUGCUGGUGGAAAAAUGCCUGAAAAAUCUUACAAGAAUCAUAAGCCCCACAGUAGUUUUAAUUCUGAAGGCUAUUUAUUGCCUCAAUCUAUAAAUGCAGAAGAUCAGAAUUCAACUGUCGAUAAUAGUAUGGAAAUUUCACAUGAAUUUAUAAGAAAGGAAUCAGAACCUUCUAGUAAAGAAAUUUUACUUACUAAUGAAAAAAGUCAUAGUGCCUUUCUUGUAGAUUCACCAACAAUUACCAAAUAUGAUCACUUUCAAAAAAUAUCUAAAAUCAAUGAUACUGAUUUAAAUAAAUCAGAAACUACUUCUAUAUUUAAAUCAGAACAUAGUAAAAUUGGAUCAAAAUAUGAACAGAUUAUGCUUGAAAAUAAGACAGAAACAAAUUUACCAUUGAAUACUCAAAUAAAACAAGAUUAUCUUAAUACACCCUCACUGUUUGAUAAACCACAAUAUGAUACUUUAUCGAAAAAGCUUAAAGAUAAUAAUAAAAUUUCGAAUAAUACAAACAAUAAUACAUUGCUUCCGCAACCAAGUUUUAAUGUUUUUCAGCAGACUAAACCAAUUGAAAGUUUUGAAAAAUCUUCACCAUUUUUAAUGGCUUUAAAUAAAAGCAUACUUUCUGAAACUGGAAAAGGAAAUAUAUUUCAAAAAUCUACUCUACCAUGCAAGAUAUUCGACAAUAAUGUCUCAAAUGUAACUUUGACUUCGCAUCAAAGUCUAUCUAGUACAAAAUUUGUUCCAUCUGAAGAAACAGAGCUAAUAAGUAAAAAUAUACAAUCUCCAAAUAAGUCAUCAAUUAAAAAGGAAUCUGAAAUUAUAGCUACAAAACAAUUGGAACAAAAAAUGCAACAAAUUAGUAAAGAUACAGACGAAAUCUUUGAAGAAUUGAUAGAAGAAGUGAUAGAAGAACCAUGCUCUAAUAUUCUACAAGAAGAAAUAAAGAAAUCAACAAUGUAUGAUUCUUUAAGUAAUACUAUAUUAAAUAGUUUUCUUACUGAAAUAUGUGAUGAUAUAUUAUAUGAAGAAAUAAUAAAUUAUCAAAAGUUAGAAGAGUUUGCAAAAAAAAGACAUGAACGAAAGAUCAAUAAAUAUUUUUACGUAUGGAGGAAAUGGGCAUUGAAAAAAACUCAGCAAAGAAAAGCAUUAGAUGACACACCUGUUUGGUUGCAGAAACAAUCUCUAGAUGAAUGUGCUAAAAUGUUAUAUCGUAAUGGACAAAAGUUAGUUAUAGAAAAUAUGCGCAAAAGGCAUUGUACCGUAGAAAUACCAAAAUCAAUCAUCAAUAAUUUAGCUCCUAUUGAGGCAAUUAUUUAUGAAGGUAUUAAAGAAAACUUGAAAUCAUUAAAUAUCCAUAUUUUGACAGAUUUAUUUUGGAAGCUUGUAAUAUCAUGGCCUGAUUUAGAAAAUAGGAUUGAUGUGUGGCAAUAUAAAAAAAUAAUAAAUCGAUAUUUAUGUCCUGAAGAUUAUACAACAGAACCAAUAAUAAAAUCAUUUCAAUCAAACUCAUGUGAACAUUUAUAUGCUUCUAUAAGGCAUUUUGAAGGCUUUAUUGCAGAACACCAUUUAAUUGGAACGGAUGGUUUUAUAUUUAUAGCAAAUGCUUCAGAAAAUGUUAUUUCCAUUAAAAAACGGUUAACAAAAACUAUAUUAUCUAAAGAUAAACUUCUACCAAUACCUAUAGUACUUAUUAUUUUGGGAAGUGGAAGUUUGGAGAUGAAAAAAGACGAAAUUGUAGCAGAUUUAGAUACUCUAUUAGAUUCAGGAUAUGUAUCUGAAUACACCAUCACUGUUGAGAAAACAUUAAAUGAAAAAAUUAUAUUAAAUUUAAUUCAAAGCACGAUUUUAUGGUUGGUUAUUAAGAAACCUCCUCAAAAUCCAUUGGAAAUGGAUACUUUACAAAAUGUAUGUGAUAUUUGUUUAACGGAAGAACUUUGGCAAAGAGUUUUAGAAGAUUCAAUUAAUAACGGAAAUUUAUCUCAAGCUAUGAAAGAGCCGAAUUUUUUAAUAAACCUGCAUAAUGAAGCGGUCACAUAUUUGAUGCAUAUUUUAUUAGAUCCAGAAUCUCUAAUGUAUACAAAAUUUGCACCAGAAUUAAAAAAAUUUGUAAGGAACCAGCACAUAUUACCAUGUAGUUAUGAAUAUUUUGAUGAUUUAUGGAGAACACUGAAGUAUAGAGUAACUCUAGAAAAUAUUUUAAGUGGAUUGUUGCUACCACAUUGGAGCUUUCCAUGGCCAGUAAAAGAUGCACAUCAAUUACACAAAAAUAUAAUCCGUUAUUGUCAAGUAGUGUUACCAGAUGUAAAUAGCAAUACCUUCUCCUGUGAUAUUUUAAGUCAUUUAUAUUUUAUGACUGGCAGUUUAAAAGUAACAAAUUUUGCAAAUAUAUUAGUUCAAAUUGUCAAAGAAAAAAUAAGUUUUAUUGGAACGGAUUUAAAGAUCGUUUAUAAUAAAAAUUAUAUGAAAUAUUUUAAAACGUUACCGUGGUGGUUUAAAUCUACUACAUUUACAGAAUUUACAACAAAAAUAAACCUAGAUGAAACAUGUUCUCCUAAAAGAGAUAAUAUAAUUAAAGAACCGAUUCAAAACAAACGGAAAAUAAAGGAUUGUAAUGACAGUACUUUUGAAGACAACAAUUUAAUAAAUGAAUUUGACCAACUUGCUGAGUUUUGCGAAAAUACUAAAAAGAAGAUUAAAGAAAUACAUCAUUCAUCGGAACUUUUAGAAAGUCGUUUAAAAGAACAGCAAUUGGCAAAUAAAAAAUUAGAAGAGAAAAUAAAAAAUACCAUUUCAUUUAUUUAAGAUAAUAAUUUGUUAAGUAUGUAAAUAUACUUUAUAUGACAUGUUUUCUCAAUACAAUUAUAUCUGUAUUGCUUAUAUUUUAGUGUUUUACUAAGAAUUACAAUGUAUUCAAUAAAUUAUAAAUAUUUUUUAAA